UGGUCUGAUAUCAUUCUCUCCCGAAUUGUAUACAUCACCACACCGCCGAGCUUUUUCACACUUAAGACAAACACACACUGACACAGUCAUAUGCACACAAACGCCGUAUAUAUAUUGUGGAACACGUGUACGAUUCGAUCAUAUAUAAAAGUCCACCGUUUUGGUUUAAUCGAAAUCGACCUUUUGCAUACGCUAUUUGUACGUAUGGCAGUGUCGGAAAUAAUCGUAACGAUCGGGUGAACGAUCUAUCGCGUGAAUAAUUAUUAUGUUGGACAUCAAAACGUCGGAUUACCUCAGCAGAAAUGGGACGUUCCCCAACUUAUCAAUGAUUUUUGCCGAUACUCAUUAUAAAGGAUCAUGGAGUACACAUUCAUCAGGGCAAACACAAGAUCCAUAUCAAAUGUUUGGAGCAACCAGCAGUCGAUUGGCUAGCUCGGGUAAGGCGGCAGCAGUGCUAUGGAAGCGAAGGGGUGUGAAACUGGCUUUGGGYGCUCUAAUUGUACGCGAGGGGUUGUUGUAUUAUUACGACAAAAAUAUAAUGACGAAAGUUCACGGAAAAAGGUAUGCGUACAAGUUCGACUUUCAAGGGUUGGCAGCAGCUACUCAACCAGCUGCUGCAGAUCCGUCUGCGUACAAAUAUCAAUCAGAUUUGUUUAUGACAACCUACCACCAUCAUCACCAUCAUUCACCGAAAUUAAACUUCAUGUCACCUCAUGCACCUGGAAUAACAUCUACAGCAGGUAGCAUAUUUCCAUCAGCGUCUUCGUACUGGACCAACCCGGGUGCCAACCUUUAUUCGAAUAUUGCCGCUGCAUCCGCGUCACAUUCGAUGGGCCACCAUCACCACCACCCAGGUGCAAGCACCGGAGUCAGCCACCAUACGGGAGUCUCGCCACAUCUGGCCAACUACUCGCAUUACGCGUCACCAUGACCAUCGGAAGUGCACUGGGCCGCCAGAUCGCUGCCCAGCACUACCGCUGUCCGGCCGCCACCACAUCCAUACAAGCCCAUCGAAUGAACAACCCCAAGUCACCAUUUACGUGCUUAAUUUAUCACAACAUUGUUUUUCAUUCAUUAUAAUAAACGGGCGUAAAUGUAAAUCCACUUUCAAACCAUAUUACAUCGUAUUACAUGUAGGUAUAACGAUUGUAAUAAUAAUAAUAAUGAUACGAUAUAAAUAUAUAAUUAUUAUAUAUAACCGACACUCAGUUUGUAUUCGCCUGGGAUAAAGAAAAGGGCCAACGAAAACGCAUGUUAGUUGCAUUGUACGCGAACAGAUUUUAAUUGUAAAAAUACUUUUCGUCUGUGCAACCACUAAGUGUUGAUUAGUUUUAGUGUAUCUAUUAAAGACGUUUUCAUAAAAAAAACUAACGCAAAUCACCGUCACACAUAUACACAUACCCACAACACAUUCACAUACACACAGGCUAUAUGAGCUCGUGACAAUCAACUCGUGUCAUCACCAUACACCAACACAAAAAUAUUAACUAAAAAUUUUGAUAUUGAAUAUAUCCAUUACCGAUCACCACCGUAACUUUAAUUUCUAUUUCURUGUAAAACUACGUACAUACAUACAAUGAUAGGCCACGCUGUAGUCUACUUUAAGUUUUAACGGUCAGUUUUUGGGAUUUUAAAAACAAUACAUUUCAUAGCUGAUUCUGUGAGCUUAACACUCAGUUUUUACUUUUUAAGCAAAAGUCUUAAUUGUUAACUAUUUAUACUAUUUAUUACUGUUGUAACUUUAUAAUUUUUUAACCUUUUUUAUUAGACACUUAUAUCUGUAACUAUAAUUUUACUAACCUAACCAAAAAUUGACUGAGAAAAUGAGUAUAGUUUAUUAAUAAUUUUAUACUGUACGUGACGUAUUAUACAACCCGUGAUAAUUCUAUAACAAGUACAAACUUAUAUAAUAUCUUUAUUCCAGCCUUGAGCAAUAUUAAUUAUAAAAUGUUAUAUAUAUAACUCUCCGAUAUGAGAAGUCGACCAGUAAUGAACGUACUUUUAUUGAAAAAUAAAGUAUAUAUUGUACUGAAAUAAUAAUUAUAAAUUAAAUAUUUAAAGACUUCUAGUACA